GCCAGCAUCAUGACGGACAGAAGCCCCUUCGAGACGGACAUGCUGACCCUGACCCGCUAUGUCAUGGAGAAGGGGCGGCAGGCCAAGGGCACCGGGGAGCUCACUCAGCUGCUCAACUCCAUGUUGACGGCCAUCAAAGCCAUCUCCUCAGCCGUGCGCAAGGCCGGCCUGGCCCACCUGUAUGGAAUCGCGGGCAGCGUGAACGUGACGGGAGACGAGGUGAAGAAGCUGGACGUGCUGUCCAACUCCCUGGUGAUCAACAUGCUGCAGUCGUCCUACAGCACCUGCGUGCUGGUCUCCGAGGAGAACAAGGACGCCAUCAUCACCGCCAAGGAGAGGAGGGGGAAAUAUGUGGUCUGCUUCGACCCCCUGGAUGGAUCUUCCAACAUCGACUGCCUGGCUUCCAUUGGGACCAUAUUUGCCAUCUACAGGAAGACCACAGAUGAUGAGCCUUCCGACAAGGACGCCCUGCAGCCGGGCCGCAAUAUCGUGGCUGCCGGCUAUGCGCUCUACGGCAGCGCGACCCUCGUGGCUCUUUCCACGGGGCAGGGAGUGGACCUCUUCAUGCUGGACCCCGCUCUUGGGGAAUUCGUGCUGGUGGAAAAAGAUGUCAAGAUUAAGAAGAAAGGGAAGAUUUUCAGCCUCAACGAGGGCUAUGCCAAGUAUUUUGACGCAGCCACCACUGAGUAUGUGCAGAAGAAGAAAUUCCCUGAGGAUGGCAGUGCCCCUUACGGCGCACGGUAUGUGGGCUCCAUGGUGGCAGACGUCCACCGCACACUGGUCUAUGGAGGCAUCUUCCUAUACCCAGCCAACCAGAAGAGUCCUAAAGGCAAGCUCCGGCUCCUCUACGAGUGCAACCCUGUGGCCUACAUCAUUGAGCAGGCAGGAGGCGUUGCCACCACGGGGACCCAGCCUGUCCUGGAUGUGAAGCCCGAAUCUAUUCACCAACGAGUCCCCCUCAUCCUGGGAUCCCCAGAGGAUGUGCAGGAGUAUCUUGCCUGUGUACAGAAGCACCAGGCAGGCAGGUAGUGAGUGAGACCCCACACACCCUCUCUACUUC